CGCUUAUUUUUUAUUAGUUCUCUCGUGGUUUCUCUCUUUCUCUCUCUCUCUCCAUCUAACCUCACUGAAGCAUAGGCUAUUUCCAAACCUCGAAUUGAACCAAAGCGUUAAGUUUAAUCCAUGGCAGGUAGAGGCAAAACCCUAGGAUCUCGCAACACCAAAAAAGCCACCUCUCGGAGCAACAAGGCCGGUCUUCAAUUUCCCGUUGGUCGUAUCGCGCGAUUCUUGAAAGCUGGAAGAUAUGCUGAGCGUGUUGGUUCCCGCGCCCCCGUUUACCUCGCUGCUGUCCUUGAAUACCUUGCGGCCGAGGUUCUUGAGUUGGCUGGGCAUGCUGCAAGAGAUAACAACAAGACUAGAAUUGUGCCACGUCACAUUCAAUUGGCGGUUAGAAAUGACGAAGAGCUGAGAAAACUUCUUGAAGAUGUCACAAUUGCCAAUGGUGGUGUGCUGCCCAACACCCACAAUGUAACGAGCCAACACCUUGAAGGCAUGACCAGUGCUAGUGGCUAGGCACUACUAUUUGGCUUAUCUGAGGGACUCUAGACCAUAUAUCAAUAUAUAGAUAUGAGCUUGUGUCACUUUAACGAGAUCGUGUGUUAGUCAGCUAUGAUGAAAUAGAUAUGAGUUAGGCAAAUAAUAUAUAAAGCAUACAAAAAUAGAAAGCAUAGUAAUAUCAUACAUAUAUGCUCGGAGACUCGGUUUAUUACAUCA